AUGUCCGUGUCCGUCUCGGAGCACAUUCCCAGCCCCAGUUCAACCUUCUCAAGGUCCAGCGGCGGCCAGUCGGUCCAUGACCCGUCACGGGAUCCCAGGCUUGAGGGCCACCAACCAGUACUGGCCGAGCCUGCGAGGAUCGACAAACCCUCGCCGGCAUCUGAUCAAAAUUACUCGCGCCCUUCAGAAAGGUCUGAGUCAGGUGCCGACAACGACGCCCUCGCAGACCCGGACAUGGAUGCCCUUCGAAAUAGGGGCAAGGGCACCUACACCUGUAAAUACGGCAUGAGCUGCACCAAAGGUGGAGUGGAUAUGCAUGGCCAGUUAGUUAUUUUUGAGCGCAACUGCAUGUUUCGACAACACAUGGACAAACAUAAAAAGCCAUAUAAAUGUACGAAGCCCGGCUGCCCUAACAAGGACGGGUUUGCCAGGAAGGACCAGCUUGAGCGACACAUGCAGAAUGUCAAGCACGAUGUUCCAUGA